UCUCGCCCACGUCGCCGUGAUCGCGGAAGUUGUCGAGUUCCUGGGCGUACGCGUUCUCCCAGCUGCAACAGAUACGGAGGAGCGUCAAGCAAAAGCUGCGAGUAAUGCACGAUGAGCGUUGCGCGAUCACGGGAAAUAUUCUUUGUAGAACUGGCGCAACUUUAAUUCCAACUGACACAUUUACACCGCUUCUAUUUGAAUAGGAUUGCAUGCGCGAAUAUAUUUGCGUGUGUGUGUCGAACCUAACCUUAUCGACUGGAGUCGUCUAACGGUACUCGCUGUCAUCGUGAUAGUGCACGUUUUUUGUUAACUUACACAUCACAAUUUUAAACUUUUUGGCUUCUCAAGUGCUAUUCAUUGAGAUAUGAGUGUCAACAAGCUGUUAAUAAAUUUGUGUUUUGGACAACAAUGUACAAAACUCUCUACUGUAACACGCGCUGCAAAUCUAGCAAAUGAUGACAAUAUAAAACCAAAAACUGGCGUUCUAAUGUUGAAUAUGGGUGGUCCUGCCAACAUUGAUCGGGUCCAUGAAUAUUUAUUAAGAAUAAUGACUGAUCGUGAUAUGAUUCAAUUACCAAUACAAAGUAAAUUAGGUCCUUGGAUAGCCAAACGUCGUACUCCAGAAGUACAAAAAAAAUAUUCUGAGAUUGGUGGUGGAUCACCAAUUCUGCAGUGGACAAAUAAGCAGGGCGAACUUUUAUGUAAAAAAUUAAAUAAAAUUUCGCCUGAAACUGCACCCCAUAAACAUUAUGUUGCCUUUCGAUAUGCAGAUCCUCUCACAGAGGAUACUCUUGAGAGGAUACGCAAUGAUGGAGUACAACAUACUGUUAUUUUUUCUCAGUAUCCUCAAUAUAGUUGUUCAACUUCAGGUUCCAGUUUUAAUGCUAUAUAUAAUUAUUAUAAAAUUAGAGAGUUGCCAAGUGAGAUGAAAUGGAGUAUAAUAGAUAGAUGGGCCACACAUCCGCUCCUUGUAAAAACUUUUGCUGAAAGAAUUAAACAUGAGCUUGCACAAUUUCCUAGCGAAAAAAGAAACGACGUUAUAAUUUUAUUUUCAGCUCAUUCAUUGCCAUUGCAGGUUGUAAAUAGAGGGGAUUCUUAUCCCGCGGAAGUUGGAGCUACGGUAGCAUUAGUCAUGCAGGAACUAAAUUAUUGUAAUCCAUACAGUUUGGUAUGGCAAUCGAAGGUUGGACCGACGGCGUGGCUGGGGCCUUUUACCGAUGAAGCGUUAAAAGGCUAUGUUAAACAAGGCAAGAAAAAUUUUAUUUUGGUACCUAUUGCAUUUGUAAACGAACAUAUUGAAACCCUCCACGAAUUGGACAUAGAAUAUUGUCAAGAACUUGCCCAGGAACUUGGUAUCGAGGAGAUACGAAGGGCUGCGGCUCCUAACGAUCACCCUAUUUUCAUCGACGCUUUGACGGACAUUGUUGCUUCUCAUCUUAAAUCGCAACAACCUAUAAAUCCUAAAUUUUUAACGCGAUGUCCGCAUUGCGUAAAUUUAAAUUGUGAAGCUAGUAAAAGCUGGUAUGCUAAGAUAUGUAAAAAGAUGUAAAACUUCAUAACUAUUGCGAUAUUGAAAGUAUACAUAUAAAUAUUUUUUUUAUACAUAUAAAUAUUCU